AAUGGACUUUCCAUUUCCAUUAAUUUUUGAGGUGUUUUAUGAUACAAAGGAACUUGAUUUGUCGUUUGCUGCUUGAACAGAUAAUUAGCUUCAACGUUUGAAUCAAUUUAUUCAUAUAUUGGUAUGGGUGUGGUGAUAUGAGCCACACUAGACCACUGAAGUCAUCGUAAUCUGCAGUCAUAUUGAGAGAACAUGGCGGAUGUGAAUAGGCAACAAUUCAAUCCAAAUGGACCAUCUCGGCUACAAAAUCCACAACAGAUGGUCAAUAAUCAAGGAACUUUGCCUCCAGCGUCUGUUGGCAUGGGACCCCAAAGAUUCCAUGCUCCACCUAGACCAAUGAAAGGUAUGCAGCCAGGUCAAGGACUUCCUGGAUCAGGUCCGCCUUCUUCUAACAUGAGACCUACAGGAAUUGCACCAGGACUACCCCCAAAUGCAAUGAUGCCUCCUCCUAUGCCAAGACCAGGUGGCCCACCUCAGACAGCAAUGGGUGUUCCUCCCGUAAGCUUUGGAGGUUCUGCACCAAGUGUAAACAACGGACCUGGUUCAAAUGUAAAUGGAUUUAGUGGAACCCCACCACCACUUGCACAGAAUUUUAAUGGAAAUUUGCAACAGGGUAAUAGACUCCCCCCUCCUGUAUCUAUGAUGGGCCCUCCAAGUAGUACAAUGCCAUCUAAUGGACCUUCAAUUGGUGCACCAAACACCUUUUCACAACCAGGGCAAGUGACAAAUGAAUCUUCACAAAUGUUGGUUGGCUCUAAAAAUAAUGGACCACCACUAGGGACAAUGAAUACUUCACAAUCUUCAUCAUUGCCAGGCGGUUUACCUCCUCAGUCAAACAAUUUUAACAACAUAAGGCCGCCAAUUAACAUGAUGUCCACCCCAAGUAGUGGACAAGGUCCAAGACCCAUGAUGGGUGGACAACCAACAUCAUCAAAUAUGAAUCAGAGGCCACCAUUUCAAGGUUCAGCUGUUGGACAUCAACCUUCUUCAGAAUUGCCAGGCUCAUUUGCAGAACGGCCUGUUGGUCUGCCGGUACCAUUUCAUGGCCAGGGCCAAUACUCACAUCAAGUUGGCAUGACACUAACUCCAGGAGUACAAAACACUUCAGAGCCUACAUCUCGGAAGUCUUCGAGAGCCCCCUCCCCUCUAGGGAAUCAGUUAUAUGAUGCUGUCGAGGGACAGUUAAGUGGCCUUGAGAGUGGCGCACAGACACCAAACAGUGUUGGAGGUCCACUCAAAUCAAUGAUGGCACCAUCUAGUGUAGGCUCGGUACCAUCAAAGCCUUUUAGUGCACAGAGUUCCUUAUCCGGCCCACCUACAAUGUCUGGAACUCAAACUCAUAUUUCUGGAGUCCCAUCUAUGACGUCCGGUGGGCCGCCUCCAAUGGCCAUGGGCCAUGGUCCACCCCCUAGCUCCAAACCCCUUUCUAUGUCUGGUGUUCCUCCCCCAGUGACUGGUGGCCCUCCAUCUAAGUUUGGUGCCCCUCCCCAUAUGCCUGGAUCCCAACCUCCUAUUCCUGGAGCCCCUCCCUCUAUGUCUACAGCCCGUCCCCCAAUGGCUGGAGGUCCACCACGGUCAAUGGCAGGACCCCCAAUGCCAGGUGGACCUGGACAGAUGACGUUUCCUUCUGGAGGUUUGGCAGGUGGACCCCAGUUACCCCAAGUAGGAGGUGUGAAUGCUCUCGCUGGCCCUCCUCUUCCUCAAGGGAAUACAAACCAAAUGACACAACAGAUCGGCCAUCCUGGGAAUAACCUGAAUGCACCUUCUAAUUCUGGAUAUGGUCAACCACCUAUUCAGAAUCAGCCAGGCAACCAAGGUCAGGGAUAUCUAGGACAAGGUGGAGGGAUGUCGGCUCCUCCACGACCAGGCAUGCCAGGGCAGUCACAGUUUCCCCCAGGUCCUGGCAUAGUUUCACCUAAUACACAGGGAGGAUCCAAUCAGAUGGCACCUCCUUUUGGCCAAAUGUCUGGUCGACCAAUGGGAGGUCCUGUGGGUGUCAGCAAUCCCAAUACGAUGAACAGUGGGUUUGAAAUGUUGAGUUUACAGGACACUGGAGGAAGGGUUGUGAAUCUUCUUCAGGAGAAAAGACUUAUUCCAGCUAAUGGAGUAGAGACGCCAAAACCAAAGCUACCACACGACCAUAAAAAAGUUAAUUGCAGUCCUGAUGUGUUCCGUUGUACCUUGACAUCGAUUCCGCAGUCGUCAUCAUUGUUGAACAAGUCUAGGCUACCAUUAGGCAUCCUCAUUCACCCAUUUAAAGAUUUAUCACAGUUACCUGUUAUACAGUCGAGUGUCAUUGUGCGAUGUCGAUCAUGUAGGACCUACAUCAACCCUUUUGUGUCCUUUGUUGACCAGAGGCGCUGGAAGUGUAAUUUAUGUUAUAGAAUUAAUGAUUUGCCAGAUGAAUUUCAGUUUGAUCCAGUGAGUAAAACAUACGGAGAUCCUCAGAGAAGACCAGAGAUCAAAUCAGCUACGAUAGAAUUUAUUGCACCAUCAGAGUAUAUGUUACGACCACCCCAGCCUGCAGUGUAUUUGUAUCUAUUAGAUGUGUCUUUUAAUGCAGUAGAAACAGGUUACUUGAGAAUAUUUUGCCAAACCCUUUUGGAUGAAUUAGAUAAGAUUCCUAAAGACAGCAGAACACAGGUUGGGUUCCUGGUGUACGAUGCCUCACUCCACUUCUUCAAUCUGGCCGCAGGACAGUCACAGCCACAGAUGCUUAUUGUCUCAGACCUUGAAGAUGUGUUUCUACCCUGUCCAGACAACCUUCUAGUGAAUUUACAGGAAAGUAAGGAACUGGUCAUUGAUCUGCUCAAUCAGCUGCCUAAUUUAUUUGAGGGAAAUAUGGAAACUGGCAGUGCCUUGGGACCAGCUCUCCAGGCUGCAUACAAACUUAUGGCAUCAAAUGGUGGACGUGUUACAGUAAUGCAGACAGUUUUACCUACAGUAGGGCCAGGUGCCCUUCAGGCCAGGGAGGAUACAAAUCAGAGAACAACCAAGAAUGUUUCAAAUCUGGGACCAGCCACUGACUUUUAUAAGAAGUUAGCCCUGGACUGUUCAGCUCAGCAGACUGCUGUUGACCUGUUCAUGAUGAAUGGCCAGUAUGCAGACCUAGCCACCGUCUCGUGUAUAUCCAAAUACUCCGGAGGAUCAGUGGAGUACUAUCCAUCCUUUCAUGCCGUGAAGAAUAAAUCAUUAGCAGAUAAAUUUGAAGAGGAUCUGCGCAGGUAUUUCACCAGAAAGAUUGGAUUUGAAGCAGUCAUGAGGAUACGUUGUACUAAAGGACUAAGUAUACAUACUUUCCAUGGCAACUUCUUUGUCCGCUCAACUGACUUGUUAUCUCUACCAAACAUCAACCCUGAUGCUGGGUUUGGUAUGCAGAUGUCAAUAGAGGACUCUCUCACCGAAGCCAGCACAGCUUGCUUCCAGGCUGCCCUCCUGUACACUUCUAGUAAAGGUGAGAGGAGGAUACGUGUUCACACUAUGUGCCUACCUGUGACAAACCAAAUCAGUGAAGUUAUAGCAGGAGCUGAUCAGAAGGCCAUUGUUAGCCUCUUAGCUAAGAUGGGUGCCGAUCGAAGUGUCACAUCCAGCAUGUCAGAUGCACGAGAAGCAUUAAUCAAUGCUGCUAUCGACUCCCUGUCCUCAUUUGGAAGUACUCUUCCUGCCUCACAGAGAUUAGGCUGUCUACCCACAUCAUUUUCCAUCAGAUUGCUCCCCGCUCUAGUCCUUGCCCUGCUCAAAAGUACUGCUUUCCGCCAUGGUGUCAACACCCGAUUGGAUGACCGUGUGUUUGCCAUGCAACAGUGUAAGAGCCUUCCUGUGCAAUACCUGCUUCAGACGAUUUAUCCUGACUUGUACCCUGUACACAACAUUGAGGGAUGUCCUGUAGAGGACCAUGAUGAGGAAGAGAUAGCAAAUCCAGUGCGUUUACACCUGUCCUCUGCCAACGUUGACCGACAGGGUGUUUACCUGUUGGAUGCGUAUGAUGUAAUAUACUUGUACGUGGGCAGUGCCAUCAACAACCAGUACUGCCAGGAUGUGUUUAAUGUACCAAAUUACCAGUCUAUCACAGAUGGUCUGAUCGAUUUACCUGAAUUAGAUAAUCCUGUAUCAGAAAAGCUUCGUAACUUUGUCAGCUUCUUAAUGGACAAUAGACCUGGAGGCUGUUGCUUCUUAGUCAUAAAAGAGGAAAGUAAAAACCGCCUGACAUUCUUUGGAUAUCUGAUUGAGGAUAGAACAGAAUCCACAAUGUCUUACUACGAGUUUCUACAGCACAUACAGAAACAGGUGAAAAGUUGACGAAGGCCGUGACCUUUAGAACAUAUCUAACAAAGGCAUUGUGACAGUGCUGGAAUGGAUUGACAGGAAAGGGACAGACAUGCCUGACUAUUGUGAUACUAAGACAACUAUAGUAUGUCUGGAUGUCCCCCAUGAUAGUGACUUGACCGGCUCAUAGACAAGGCUUCCAAGGCUGUAUAGAACACUACAAGAGGUUCCCAUUGUUCAAUAAUAGAGUAUUGUACCAAAAUUAUAAUUGAAUUACCUGUGAUAGAUAUUUAAGGAUUUAAGGAGAAAAUUACUUGCAUUGAAUUAUUUAAGCAAAAGUACAUACUGAAACAGAUUUCUUUGUACCAUGGCAGUUAAUGAAUUCAUAGUAGUGCAUAUUGAAGGAAAGGGACCUCAUGUGUUGCAAUGCAAUGAAUUGACCCAAAAGAGUGUUUCUGUAUCACAUUGAUUUGAACCCUAAUGUUAUUAUAGCUCAUUAUUUAAAACAAAUGUUUCAAAUAAAUUCAUGCUUAAAAAAAUAUUAAAGUUGAUUUAUGUUUGAAAUUAUUAUGUUGAGUAAAUUUGAGUGUUGAAAUUACGAAUAGUGAAUGAAAUAAAUAACACGUGGUCAUCUAAUGCAAUAUUGUAUUGUGAUACACCAAAGUCAUCUUCAUUUGCUGUACAUGUAUUAACAUUUACAAAAGUAUUACAAGGCAAACUAAGAAAUACGUUUUAGUAUUACAAAUAAAUAAAACUACAAUACAACAUAUCCCCAGCACCAUUCUUGAACCUGAGAAGUCUUGAUAAAAUGGUAAUCAGAACCUUCAAGUUUUCAAAUGUCAAAAUAAUGGUAUGUUACAGAUAUCAUUGUUGUAAUGUUUUGUGGAAGUAAUGUCUGUUUGAGGAAUAAUAGGCCACAAGACUAAACCUGAAUUGAUGCGAUUCUUUUUUUUUUUUAUCUUAAAUCAAGUAAGUUGCCUACAGUCUUGGUAUUUACCCGUGAUAAACCAACCAAGUCAUGGAUUGUCAUAAUCUAGUCAAUGACCAAAGAAGGAAUGGUUUUCAUCACCUAUGUGCUUCACUUUGUAUAAUUUCCAGAAAGUUUAGCAUAAUAAUUUUCAUUUUAUUUCCUUGAAAUUGUUCACUGAUGGUUUAAUUCAUUUCUUUUUAAAAUAAAUGUAUGAAUUUUCAUCAAAGGAAUGUUUUUGUAUAUUAUGUGCACUAAAUUUCUCUCAUAGCAUUUAUAUUUUAAGCAUUACACGAAAUGCUGCCUUUGUAUAAAAGAAAUUUUCCUGAAAAUCAAUUAACAGGGCCAAAUGGAGCAUUCAGUUUCGCCUUUGAAGUGAACACAUACCAUCAAGGUCUUUGUUUAAUGUUUUCACUAAGAGUUUUGAUCAUUAGAUUUUAGGAAUAUGCCUGUUUCACAAACAAUAUUAUAUCAGAUUUUAGUCAGCAUAUCAUAGCCUUGCAAAAAUAUCCUAAUGAUGUAGGCCAGCAUUUGUUUAGAAAGCAAAUGGAAUAUCUUUAUUUUGUGGUGUAGCAUUAACUGAAUUUUUUGGCAUACAAUUCAAAUUUUUGUGAUAGUGAGAACAAAUAUUCCCAAAGUAUGUUGUUUAGAAGGAAAUUGAGAAAAAGAAGAAAAAAGGAGGAUAAGCCAAAUGUAAAAGUUCUUACCUGAUUUUUUAUGAAAUGAAUUACUGUGCAUUCAAUGUUCAGAAUCUUGUCCAAGUUGUGUUCUAGUUGUACAAGUCUUUCCUUUGUUGUGGUGAAAUUUCACUACUUAUAUAAACAGAACUGACUUUAUUUCACGUUGUUGAAAUUUAAUGCUUACAAGCUAUUAAAACCUGAAAUAAAGCAAAAUUUUAAAAACGUCGAAUGUACCACAACUGUGAUCAUGACUAUCUUAUGAUUACUGUGAUCUUAUAUACAAUGAACAUUGUAAUCUUACGAUUACUGUGAUCUUAUAUACAAUGAACAUUGUAAUCUUACGAUUACUAUGAUCUUAUAUACAAUGAACAUUGUAAUCUUACGAUUACUGUGAUCUUAUAUACAAUGAACAUUGUAAUCUAUGAACAUUGUAUCCACAAGUAUAGGUAGCUUGAAACAUGCUUUUCCUGUUGACCAGCUAACACUAUAGAUGAUAAUGAAGGUAGAGCUUUUCAUUCCUACUCAAGUCUAGUCUUUGUUACUUCUGACACUAUGAUUUUGAUGUGAGAAGGAAUUGAGGAGAGUGGUGGAUCUGUUAUAUCUCAUCAACUUCUUUACAACAGGCCUUUACCGUUUGUAUUUGUGUGUUUAUUCUUUGCUCAAUUCUUGCAAUGUAUUAGAACAUAGAUGGUUCUAGUCUAAUACUUCAGCCAACAUAAAGGUUAUGUCCAAGUUGUCUCAAACAAGUUUAAGAUUAAAAUUUAAAAAAAAACUGUCCCAGUUGUCACCAUAUUACACAUCAUUUAUCUUGUAUACAUCAUCCUUAAAAGAUAUAACCUCAUGUAAACUUAAUACUGAUCAUAAGGGCUGCUAUCAUUUUAGUACAAGAUAAUAGUAACAUGUUUGUUUAAAACAUAUAUAUGAACAUCUGCAUCAAUUCUUUUAGAUGUCUAAAAUUAUUUAUGCAUGCUCUUCUAAACAGAUUUAAUUUUUACCAAGUCAGAUGAUUUUUUCAUUAUUUUGUGAUUUGCAGGGUAGAUUAUAUACAAUCAGUUUUAAUCAUGUCACCAUUCCUAAUGGUCUGUGAGGACUUAAGUGAGAAAGUCAUAACAUUACUUGUAGGGGUGGAGGAGCUUAAUCAGAUGAUAAAUGAUUAAUUUAUAACAUUAUGCAAUACCACAUCUAUUCUAGUGAAAAUCAACAAUAUCCGUGAUUUUCAGUUCCUUCCCAGUGUACAGAACUGUAAACCAAGAUGAUAUCAGUAACACAACAUGGCAGUUACUGUUGUUAAUUAUAGCGAUGCCACUUAAAAGUCUGUGUAAAGUGAGAAAGUGAGAAGCAUGUUUGAAAUUAUUUGUAUACAAUGUAUAUAUGGUUUUAUUUAUGUAUCAAGAGUUUUUAUUUGAAGACACUUCAAUGAGAAUGGUGCUUAUACUGAAGUGUGUUAAAAAAGUGUUUGUGGUCGAUUUUUGAUUAUUUCCCCCUUGGAAUUACUUGUAAAUAUAUUUUCUAUUGUAAUAUAAUGAAACAUCACCAUGGCAAAGCUUACCAUAUGAAAAUCAAGUGUUUUGAACAUACGCAAGAGUUGUUUAUCUCUCCUUUCCCAUGCCUGUAUGGGUAAUUGAGGGAUGAGUUGUGAUAUGAACACUCAAAUCAAUAAUAAAAUCAUCAACAGUAA